GACAAUUGAGGGCCUUGACUGUAAAGUAACAAAUGCUAAAUCUUGUAGCAGUUCAUUAGAAUUAUUGCGGGUCCGAAUAAUACUCAUGGUUAUACAGAUGGCGACCAUCUUGACCGAGAGAUGGAUUACGGUUUACGGUAAUAUUUCAACAUUAUAUGCAUCGCAUAAUAAAAAAUUCAUCGUGACGCCACGGGCAACCCCUGUAAAACUAGCGUGCCAUUUAACGUGUUAAAAAUGCUUAGUCCAGAAGUAUGGAACUUUAAACCACCUCAACAUCAUUUUUCUACCGAAAAAAGAAAUUACAAGAAAACUGAUGUGCCAGAUGUAGUCAAAUUACAUUAUUUUAACCAUUCCGUAUCUUUGAUACUUCCUGAUGCAGCCAGAAUUCCGGAUGAAUUGCGAACUUGUCUUUCGGAAGACAGCGAUUAUUAUCGAGUUAAUGGGCUGAAUGUAUUUGAAUUAAUAAACAAAGAAUUCAUCGAAGCAUUCGUUAAGAAAGGACAGUUGACACUUUUAACAAUAGGAAAUAGAAUAGAUGUAGAUAAUUCAGUUGCUGUUACACCAACUGGGCAUUUAAUAUUAUCUUUAUUAACAGAAGAUUUUCAAAAACUUGGUUUAGAAGGCAAAGCUUCCUUCUUUGAUCGUAAAGUGCAGACACGUUAUGUUGUAACUAUUGAUUUAAAGUCUGAGAAUUUCACACCUGGUAAGAAGAAUUAUGAACAUGUUCAAACAUCACUAAAGGAGCGUCUUAAUACAAAAUUUGAUGUUAUUGUGUCAUGGAAUCCACCAGAUGAAAAUUUAUGUCCUUCAUCUGUGGCAGCAUGGUUCCAUAAAUGCAAAUACAGUGUAUCUCUUUGUCAACAAACGUUUUUACAAAGAAUUGAAUAUUCUUUACCAAUACCGAUAAUUUCGAAUGAAUUUGAUAAUGACAAAUUUUUUGAAUGGCUUGGAGUUUUUAGUAUCUGUGGUAACUUAGAGAGUAAUAUAGAGAAUAAUUAUGUAAACACAUAUAAAUAUCCAUUGCCAGUUAUAAAUGUUGGUCAAGUAUGGUAUCUACAAUGGACUGGUUUCUUCACAACAAAACAAAUUGAAACUUUCUACAGUAUUGUGGAAGAGUAUGUAUUAAUGAAAAACAGUUUACCUUGGGUUGCUUUACAUGUCCAAGGAUUUUUAGAUAGCCCUGUUAGUUGGGGUUUAAAAGAACAUACAUUUUAUACAGAUGGUGACAAUAGCUACACUAUUGUAUUUAGACCAGGUGCUCAUUCUAUUAUACGCAAAAGUUUAAGCUCAAAUAAUAAACCAAGGAUCUUUCAAUAAUUGUAAAUUUUAUUAUAAUUGAUGACAAGUAUUUCUUUGUAAGAAGAAGAAUUAAAAUAUAUUAUUGAUAAUCCAUACUUCCACUUAUUAUGAUAUAUAGAAUAAUAAAUGCUUGGGAGUAAGACUACUUUUUAACACAUGUAACAUUGUUUUACACCAAUAGUUCAAUAUCUAAAUUUCCAAUAUUUAAAAUAAAGGAAUGUGUAUCUGAUAGUUAAGUAAAGAAUACAAUUUUAUAUACUAUCUUGAUAUAAAAUAGAUUUUUAUAAAUUAUUAACUCGGGCUAUGGGGUUUUACAAUUUUUUGUUUCUUUUGCUGCUGCCUAUCAAUUUUUUGCUAUUAAAUGUUAUGCAACAGAAGCAUAUGUGUAGUACCGUAUUAUUACUAAAACUAUUUUUUCAUUUGUAGCAUAAUAGCAUUAUAAUAUUGCACAUGCUAAAAUAUAUAGUGAACAAAAUUAUCACAUUAAUUGUAUCAAUUAUUUUAUAAAGAUACAAAGCUAGAAAUCAGUCUGAACUAAAUAUUUUCAUUCAUAAAUUAAAUUAAUUUAUAAAAAAUAAAAUUUUUUAAAAAUAAAAUAUUACAUUAUGAGAUCAAAAUAAUUUAUCACGUACACAGUUUUUAAAGCUUUUUAAGAUUUGUCCAUGAAUAAAUACGUAUAUAAUAAACUAUUUAAAAGUUGCUACAGAUGUUAAUUUUGUUGGUUCAAUCGUGCAUAGUGCAUCACCUAAAAUGAGAAGAGUUAAUUAUGCCUUAAUUACCAUAAUAAUUAAAAUUAGUUCCAUUAAAUUCAUUGAAAUGUACCUAAUCAAACAAAGUAACUAUUACAUUAUUAACGUAUAAUUUUAUAUAAUAUUGACCUUCUAUAUUAGUACGUGUGAACCAUCUGAUUCAGGAAAUUUAACUUUAGAAUUGUAAUAAAGAUCGUCCAUACCAGAACUAACGGACAUACGAGACUUAGAACGUGCCAUAAGUUCACCUAGUUCAUCAAAAUCUUUAUACCUAAAAUAUAAAUAUUAAAAAGGCAUGUGAUGUUAUUAUACUUAAUAUUAUUGGAUUUUGAAUGGAUUUAUACAUAUAUGUAGCUUACCUACUAACUGGACGACUUUGAUUUUCAGACGACUCUGAUGAAUUUUUCAUAAUUGAAAAUCGAUCAUCUGUAUUAAAUGAUGCUACAUUACCUGUUAAAUAUAUAACAUUGAUUCAUUAACACAACAUUUAUUUAAUCAAAUAAGAUAUAAAAAUCAUUUACCCGAUGGAAAGAGCAUUGUAUGCUUUAAGAGAUCACCAUUCAUAAAUGGAGAAAGACUGUCAUCUUCUUCUGGUAAUAAGUGAUUGCUACUAUCAUUAGUUAUAGAUUCUACCAUUUCCAACCAUUGUUGAUUAUGUGAUCUGAACUUUUCUACUGUUAUGCGAGCUGCCCAAUUUUUAUCACACAUCUGAAAGUUCAUGAUACAAAUUUAUUUAUUGUUCUAAAAUAAUAUUACUCAGUAUAUGUAAAAUUAUUUUACAAAUCUACUUACCGCAAUAACAUCUAAACACGCAUCACAUACUUUCCUAAUUGCUGGAUUUUUAUCAUGCAUAAGAUCUAUUAAAUACCCAGGUGCUUCUGCAAGUAACAAAAAUAUUUCAGCAACAAGAAACACGUCAAAUUUUCUAUUUUUAUAUAGGUUUUACCAAUGCUAUGUUUUGAUAACAAAGCAGGAAGUUUGAUUAUUACCAUUACCAGUCUCGCGUAUUAAAUAAUCCCUUGUCGAAUCAUGUUUAGAUAUUUGAUAAAAAACAUAAAUUAUUUGUAAAACCAUUUCAUCAUCCUCUUGUUUUGCUAAAAAAAAAAUGAUUUUUAUUAAAAUAAUAUUAUUGUUUAUACAUAUCUGUAAUAAUAUACAAACCUUUAAGAAGCUCAAUAAGAGAAAGCAAUAUAUCGGCUUUGCACAGUAAACGUGCACAAUCUUCGUCAAAUGCGGCAGUACCCAAAAAUAUUACAAUUUCAAGUACUAAAUCGUCUGGAGCUUUACCUGGAUAAAAUCAAAUGUGUAUAAAUGAAAUAUAGAAUAUUUAAGAAAUCAAUAUUUGAAAAUAAGGUGUUUAUAUAAUUUGAUAUGAAUGUUGAACCUGGAACAAGAUUAUUGCGUAUCCAUGGUAUCAAAUCACAUCGAUGAAGUAUUUGCGAAUAAUCCAAAUCAGGUAAUUCUAAAUUUCCUAAUACACCUAUAACUUCAAGCACAAAAUCUUGAGAAUCUGAUUGAUUUAAGGCCAUAGCAAAAUCACCCACGAAUUC